AUGCGUGGAGCAGGAGGGGUGGCCAUGGUGCUCGCAUCGGGCUCCGGCAACAGCGGCGGGGGGAGCGACUUCUCCGUGAUGGUGAUAGGCUUCGACUUUGCGGUGGACGCUGGUGCGGCGCUCCUCGCCUCCCCUGUCGACCGCAAGGAGUGGCACGACUGCGUCCACGACCUCGACGACGACUUCUCCGACCUCGAGGAGCUCCAAGUGGUCCGCGUGCAGGGCGUGGACAGAUCCGACCGACCCGUCGUCCAUGUCGUCGACAAGUUCUUCUCCGGUGUCGUGCUGGCGACCGGGUUCGGAGCACUUGUAUCAAAGGUGGCUGAGCACUGGUACGAGGUCUACAAGGUGGACAAGCAGGGGGCCAACCUCUGGUUCAUCUACUUGUGGGAGGACAAGGUCCAUGACAUCUCGCUGAACCACUACACCUGGCUUGCUCACCGGCGCGCGCGUGUGUGCUUCGAUGCACGACGCUUCGUCGAGCUGGCCGGACCGCGGCAAUCCCCGGAGCUGGAGCGGGAGGAGGCAACGAGAUGCUGUUGCUGCGGUUGCGUCCUCGGAGGCAGCAGCUGCCCCUCGCCGACCUUACCAACCUUCGGCGUCCGCCAUGAGCUCCGCACAUGA